AUGGAGAUGUGCCAAGGUCCUGAGGCUGUUGUACUACGACGUGCUGCCGCUGCCCGUGUUGACCGUGGAGCCGAGAUCGUGCUGUCCACGAUGGAGAUCGCGUGGCGCCGUCUGGCGGGGCUGGCCGAUCGGUGCGUCGAUGUAGUGACGCAGUUUUACUACGGCCUGGUGCUGCAGCUCAUGGUGGCCGAGCCGCUCGUGUAUGCAAAGAUGGAGAUGCUCGUCGGCAACACGCUUGGCGCCACCCGCAUCGGCGCGCUCCACUCGGGCAGUUUGGCCGUCACCGUCAGCUGUAAUAGAAGCGUGGGUAUGCCAUGCACCGCUUUGAGGAACCCCGGUAGACUGGGCCACGCCACCUCCGUAUUAGGCUCCCUGGUCAACUCGUGGUGCCGCAAGAUCGGUGUCGAUGCAUUUGCGCACCAACCAUCGCUAAAGGGCGCCGCGCUAUCGCAGGCAACACAAGCCGUGUCGGCAACGCGGCCAGCAGCCAGUGGCUGCGGUGUUGAUGCAUUUGUGCACCAUUGGUUCAGCACCAACCAUCGCUAA